AUGUCAGCUAACGAUGCUGCUGCUAACGAUGAACCGCGUCAACCUCUCUCAAGAGCGAAUGGCCUCGUCCUUGUCAUGAACACUCCAAAAGGUCGAGGAGUUUUCGCAACCGACGACAUACCCAGUGGUACCGUCAUCGAGGUGUCUCCGGUCCUUGUAUUCAGCGAAGAGGAAGUCGAAAAGCAUACUCGACACACAUGUCUACAGCACUACACCUACUACUGGCCUUCCAAAUAUACCACUGGCAAGACGACCAUGACCCAGGCCCUGGCUCUCGGACUCGGCUCGAUGUUCAACCAUUCCACCCGAGCUCAGAACGUCGGGUGGAAGCGCGACCCCGGGGUCGAGGUGAUUGUCUACACGGCUCUUCGAGACAUCAAGGCCGGAGAAGAGCUAUGCAUCUCCUACGGCCACGCGAGGUUAUGGUUUGAGGACGCCGACGCCAAGGACGAUCCCGAUUCGGACGACGACGGGAACGGCACCGGCGACAAAUCUCUGGCAGAGUUGAGUGGUCUCGGAAAGAUGGAGUUGUAG